AAUGGAUAGCUCCUUGGAGCAAAAUAUCAAAACAGUUAUCUUUUCGCUUCUCGAAAUAAAGAAGAAAAUAAAAGAAGUACCAAAAGAAUCACCAUGUCAUGAUUGCAACAAACUUAAAAAAAAUUAUAAAAGCGCUUUUAAAAAAUAUAGCAAAGGUCUUUCUUUGGUUGAAAAUAUUGUUAAACUUCAAAAAGAA